AAAAAAGUGGCUACAGCGUUUUACGAAACACUUCCAAACCCUGAUCUUCGCCCUCAUAUCCCUCUACUUGUUUCUGUCAUGGCAGCACCCGAUGAGGCGCCCAAUACGAUCAAGGCUCUCUGUUCUUGUCCCACUCUUGGUCGGGGGUUGAAUGCCAGGAGUAUGGACACUCAACGCCGCACUGUCGUGGUCGUGGAGAAUGUUUGCAAGUUGGUACGAGAUCCUGUCGGUGUGGAGAAAAUCGCUGCAAGCGCUUCAUUUCCCGAAGUCCGGACGUUUGCGUCCUCUGCGUUGAAGACCCUACUGGGUGCUGGUGCAUCCAAGACUGCGCAGCCCCCUCCUGACCGCGACAUUGCAGAGGAAGUUUUAUCGGUCGUUAGAACUAUGACGUUAGAUUUGCCUCAAAAUUUAUUUACGCCCUCACCUAAUGAUUCUCAGUUACCUCCCAUACCCUCUCACCCACUCUUUAAUCAAUCACUUCGCUUUUCUGCUAGGCUCGUUGCAGAGCUCGUCCAUAACAAGGACUUUAUGGACCCUUCUCCAUGGAAACAAGCUAUAGAUGUCUACCUCCAGCCAUGGGUCUCUGGAAACGGAGCAGAAGCUGAACUGGUAUCCGAGUCGAUCCGAAAGCGCUUUUGGGAUGCAGAGAAGGCAACACGACCAGCGCCUAAUGACGAUGGAUCAGAGAAUCUUCUCUGCAAUAUGGUCUUUUCACUUGCAUAUGGCGCACUGUUGCUCCUCUCCCACACCACGCUUCGUCUUGUUCGUGGCAGGCGCUACGGUAUCUGCGCCGGAAAUGGAAGCGGGAAGACAACACUUAUGAGAGCAAUCAGGGAUGGGAAGGUUGAGAAUUUCCCUUCUCAGGAUGAACACUCCUUACAGGGCGAGGAUGCAUCGCUUUCUAUUAUAGAUUUCAUUGCUGCCGACCCGGCUCUUGCCAACAUUGAACGUUCGGUCAUCGCGAAACAGUUAGAAGAGGUUGGAUUUAGUACCGAACGACAGACCCAGACUGUCGGGAGCUUGAGCGGAGGCUGGAAGAUGAAGCUCGAUGUGCCUUCCGUGAAGUGGCUUGAGGACUAUCUUACGUCGCAUGUAAACGUUACAUGUCUCAUUGUAUCUCACGAUUCAGGAUUCUUAGACAAUGUUACUACGGAUAUCAUUCAUUACGAGAAUAAAAAACUUGUUUAUUAUCCUGGCAACCUAUCCAACUUUGUGAAACACGUUCCUUCGGCCAAAUCCUACUACACUCUCGCCGCCACAUCAGUCAAAUUCUCGUUCCCACCACCAGGGAGCCUUAUGGGUGUGCGCUCGAACACACGUGCCAUCAUGAAGAUGGCUAAUUGUACAUUCACCUAUCCUGGGCGAAAAGACCCAAGCUUGAUUGACGUCAGCUGUGCUUUGAGUCUGAGUAGUCGGGUAGGGAUCGUCGGGCCCAAUGGAGCGGGGAAGUCCACUCUCAUCAAACUACUGACUGGAGAGACUGGGCCACAGUCUGGCACUGUGUACCGGCACCCAUCGCUACGUGUGGGAUAUGUCUCUCAACAUGCGACACAUCACAUUGAAAAGCACCUUGAAAAGACUCCCGUCGCAUACGUUCAGUGGCGAUUUCAAGAUGGGCACGAUCGGGAGCUUUUGGAGAAGUCCACUCGGGUGCUUACUGAGGAGGAGCGAGCAUCGUUAGAGCAAGACUUCGUUGGUAGGAACGGCGAGAAACGCAAGAUUGAGAUGAUAAUGGGCCGACAAAAGCUGAAGAAAUCUUUCCAAUACGAAAUCAAAUGGAGAGAUUUGGACCAUAAGUUCAACACGUGGCUACCCCGAGAAGAUCUGCUUGAAAAAGGCUUUGCAAAAGUGGUUGCGCAGUUUGAUGAUAUAGAAGCUUCAAGAGAAGGGGCUGCUAGCCGAGAAACCAGCGCCUCUGCCGUUAGAGCGACCCUAGAGCAGGUUGGGCUAGAUGGGAAUAUUGCGAUGUACAACGAAAUGGGGGGAUUGAGCGGAGGUCAGAAGGUCAAGGUUGUGAUAGCUGCAGCAUUGUGGAAUAAUCCUCAGCCAACGAAUUUCUUGGACCGAGAAGCCCUUGGCGGGCUAGCUGUUGCCAUUCGAGACUGGGCUGGAGCGGUUCUGAUCAUUUCACAUAACAUGGAAUUUGUCAAUGCGCUUUGUCCAGAGAUAUGGAAUGUAGAAGCGGGUCGUCUGGCGCGGAAGGGUAAGGUUGCAGUCGUGGAGGAUGCCUUUGCGGACGGAAAAUCGCGCCCAGGGUCGACCAGAACAAGCGCUGCACCUACACCUAUUGCCUCAGUCAGCGGUACACCAGCUGGGACUGGAGACGAAAGAGCCGGUUCUGGGACAGCCAACCCGACACCGGCGAUUAAGAAGAAAAAGUUAACCCGCAACCAGCUUAAAGUGAGGGAUGAACGGCGGAGAGCCAGGAAGCUGGAGUGGCUUAGUUUUGGUGGACCCAAACCUGAAGACACAGACAGCGAUUGAUGACCGG